UAAUCACCAGCGUCUAUCCAAGCAAUCCAAAGGCUUUUGAAGAUCAUUUCAGAUUUUGUAUGGAAAAAAUGAUAAAAAGUCGCGAUGUAAAUUUGGUCAACUCUUUGGCUUAUCUCUUGCAAGAAGUGUCUAAGAAACAGGCAAAGCUGUUUACCAGUGAAGAUAUUCAGAUGCUGUUUGAGAAGGCUCAGAGGAAUACAAACUGGCAAGUGUGCGUUCUUCUGAUUCUGCAAGAAUUAGCAAAACGAUGUCCAGAGAAAAUGAUUGACCAUAUAAGCUUUCUGUUAGACAGAUCAGCUUGGCCAAGUCAUGUUGCAGUAUAUUUCAUUACUGACAUAAUGAAGACCUUGGCGUUAUUUCAAAAAGACGUUGCAUCUUCCAUUGUCGGUGCAAUAUUUCUGUAUUUGAAGUCAACUCAAGAGAAACAGGAGCAGCUACCAUUGUUUUCUGCACUGGACGCCAUAUGUUUUAAGUAUCCUGGUUUGUUGAACCGACAAGACGUGGAGGCUAUAAGUCCAACAGAUCCAGAUGUUGUACGUCAGAAGCACACACUUCUGAAUAUAAUUGAUGGCAAGACACCUAAUGAUCUGGCCGAAAAACUGAAAAAGCACGAAGAAGACUUAGACGAACUGGUUGGAAGAGUAGAUGAAACUGAAGAGUUUGUCAAUGAGGUCAAAGAGGAAGUCACUCAACAAUCGGAACAACUCGGUCAAGUGAAACAUGACGUCAAGGAACAAGGGAAGAAAUUAUCCACUGUUAAAUUAGAUGAGCCUAACAUUAAAGUGGAAGGAUUUGACCCAAUGACACUUGUUCAAAGUCCAUUCAGUACUAGAGAUUUAACUCAGCUCUUGAAUACAAAUCAAAAGUUGCAAAGUAGCCAAUUAGGUUACAACAAUGAAGCUUUUAGAGGUCUGGCACACGCUGGUAUGGCUUCAUUAGAUAGAUGGGACACUACUCGUCAAACAAGUGAAGCAGCUCUGAAUGCUUCAACACUACACCUUGAAAUGGACAUGCCUGAUGUAAAUGCUAUGAUGGACUAUGCCAUGAGAAAUGCAGCUACAGCGUAUUCUAAGUGGUUGUCUCCAUCUUGUGAAGAAUUUACAUUAAACAAAAGAGAAACACUAUCGCAUGGGUUUCAGACUGACCUAUUUAAAAAGGAUGAAUCAGUUCCAAAGACUUCUUACGUUCAAGAAUUCGAUGACUUGUUAAAUCAAAUGCAACAUAUUCAAAACAAGAUGUCAACAUGUGACAUUGUAACGCCAGAGUCCCAUUCAAGACAAAGUUCAUCAGAUGUAACAAAGCCAGAUAGAAAAGCAGCAACUAGUACAGCACACAAUGAAUAGGAACAUCACGUUCACCUAGACAGAAACAAGAAAAGAAAAAAUAAAUAAAGCCUCGAAACUAUUUAUAGCAACGGACAAUCCAAUCAACCAUUUCAAGCUUCCUCAAAACCUCGAACCAGUUCUAGCAACUUAAAAACAAAAACAAAAAACAACGUCCAUUUUAUGUUCAUCCAUGUGCCUUAAAAAAAAUCCAGAACCAAAGAUCCCCACAGGAAAAAUAAACAAUUACAUUGAAAUAUUCCCUUCCAGUCGUACAACUAAGCCAUUUACAUGUUGAUUUAAAUUCUAAAAUGUUUUUUCGUAAAAUGUUUUACAUGUUUCGGAUGUUCCUUCAGAGUUGAAGACAAACUACUUCAAAGCCAAACCUCCCGCAGGACAACGGGCAGGGUUUGAACCCAGGACCAUCGGUAAAUCCGAACGACAUUCCAGCGUGCAAACCGCACGACGAGGCAGCCAUCUUUAACUGAUGUCACAUUAAAGCAACGAAGACACCAGUUCUAUCAGUUGAGAGCUUUCUGUAUACUCCUUUCAUUCUUUAAAACGAUAUUAUGUCAGUACCGGGGUUAAGAAAGUGAAGUCACUGUGAUGAAAUGGUAUGGUGUCUCCUAUCCUAUCCUGUUAAAAAGAAUUAACUAAUGUUACUAAGUAUAACUGUAAGCACAAACAUAAUUUAGAAGAAAGAAAAGUUUUAUAUUUAUUUCGAAGUAACAGUUUAUGUUAAUCACGAUAUAUAAAAAAAAAUGUCUGUGCUCUAUUCAAUAGAACGAACACAACUCUGGAUUUAGUUCUCAUUUUUCACAAUAUAUAAAUAAAUAAUAAAUAUAAGCAUCUGGUAGGGGCCGCCUCUGAGUUUGUAUAAUAACGCAAUUCUCUUUGCACUCUUGUUUUAUGUUUAGUAUACAUAUGUUUAACGUUUGUAUAAUUUGUUUUAGUUUGUGAAAACGUUUUUGCGGGUGUAGACAUGGGUGGGUGCACAGUCUGCUCUGUGUACAUCGGGCGUCAACAUCUGUAAGCCUACAUGAACAGUGAAAUGUGUUCUGAACGCUUUAUUUGUAUUUAUUUAGCCUUUGUAUAUAAGGUAGUAAUCAUUGAUAAAUGACCCAAUAGGGAAAAGUGGCUUUUUUAUUUCCUUAUCUCUCUGACCUUUGCUGUUUGGAGUUAACAUAGAAAAUACGAGUUUAGUAUCAGUAUCGUAUUCACGGUACGUGGUCUAGAUCUAACGACUACUUUUGGUUUUCUGUCAGCCAUUCUUUCUUUGUUGUUAAAAUUGUUGCAUAAACGUACAGGUCCUCUUUAAGGCAGCGAAAUUUGUUCAAAAAUUAAUUACUAUAUUUUAAGUUCGAUCCAGAUUCCCCUUGCUUAAAAUAGGUGCAGUAUAGUUCUCUAGAUUCAUAUACUUUGUUGUUAAGAAAUAUAGAUCUUAAGAUCUAAUAUAUGUGUAUCUUUUAUAUUAAUACUUGUAUUCUGCUUCUUACAGAUAAAAAUGAUUAUGUUGUAUACUGGUGUAUGUUGCUCGCCAUAUGCUGGUAGCAUUCAUGCACACAUUAUCUUAAACAUGUUUAAUAUGUCCUUAUACCGACAGUGUCCAUAAGAGUAUAAUUGAGUCUUUUGUUUUUAGUUUUGUAUGCAUAGUGUAUGCAAAAAACAAUUCUAAAAUAAAGAUUUUAA